AUGAAGCUAUUAACAGCAACUUUUCUCGCGGCCACAUCGGCAAAAACCGUUCGAGUUAAUGAUUUCCGACGAAACUUUGGUGGUGAUUUUUUCCAAAAUCUUGUUGGAGCUCAAGAACGAGGAUACAACUACGGAAAUGAAGAUGCGCUCAUGGGACUGUCCGCCAUGGCAGUUUUUCUCGAUGAAAGCCGAAUUAUGUCGAGAAGUGAUCAGUUCGAAAUGGAAAUUCAAGACUUCCUGGACAAUUUCACAAACUACGGAUGCUACUGCUGGAUCGUCGGGCCAAUGAGAGGAGUCAUCGGUGGCGGCCAAACCGUCGACGAAAUCGACAACCUUUGUGGACAACUGUACAAGUGCUACAAGUGUCUCAAUCUCGACCACGGCUCCAGCCCCAACCUCUUCGAAUACUCGGUCAACUUCAACGUCGAUACCGAAACUGGCGAGAGAUCACUCGACUGCCAAGCUGGACCAAACGUCGACGCCUGUAAAUGUGACGUCAUGUUCGCCGAAAAACUCGCAAAAGUCAACGCUCAGUGCGAAGCCGACCAGCUUGCUGGAGUCGCCGAUUCGGAAUUUUGCGUCAACGAAACGUAUCGAACCCUGAACGGCGGCGGAUCUUUUGAUCCUACCGAUAAUAGCGAAGCUGGCUGUUUGAAAGUUAACAUGGAGGGACACAAUGCUAAGGACCAGUGUUGUGGAACAUAUCCAGAUCGACUUCCAUUCGAUUCAAUGAGCCGCGAAUGCUGCGAAUUCACCGAAUCCGAUGGAGACGAAGUUUUCUUUUCCAAGAAAAUCGUGCCCUUUGGAACAUGCGAUGCUAGAGGUGGCACUGUUGUGAACUAG